UGUCCAAGGCCCAUCGGCUCUUCGCAACAUUUGUUUGGCAGUCGCCAAUGGAGAAAACGAGGCGCACAAAUCUCUUUCUUAGCCUUCAGGCUGGGGGAUUCGCCUUGGUGCACGUGGCCCUCAAAGUUAAAAUAAGUCGGUUCCUUUUGUUUAGAGACUCGAGUGAUGCGAUCACGCGGUGGUCAUUCCAGAGCCUCGGGAGUGCGUACCUUAGUCAGUGGGUGGUUGGCACAUCGGAGCAACCGAAAGCAGCUAAGUGCCUACGGUUCUACAAAGAAAUUGCGGAAGCAAUCAAAUUCUUUGAAUCAAGGUACUCGUGGGAGUAUCUCCAGCAAGUUAAAAAGAAAAAACUCUAUUGGGACACAGUCAGCAGCAUGUUUCCAGCUCCUUUGUACAGAAAUGGACUCGAAUCAUCAGCUGGAAAAGACGUCCUCAGGCGAUUGCGCAGCCUCCCUGUUUCUCCCAAAACCAAAAACGUUUUCAUUCGUUUUCACACAGAAACCCUGCCAGUGAAAACUUGGUUAGAAAACAAGGGCUUCUACCUUCCAAUCGGAACAAACUGCAGUUUCUGUGGUGAGCGGGAAACGCUCCUUCAUGUGUUUAUGGAUUGUAAGGGCGCCUUCUGUUUCUGGGCGGAUUUUCGCUAUAUUUUUGAAUGUAAUUAUGAGCCAAGCUGGGAAUCGCUCAAGUUUUUGUACUUUGGUGAGGAACGGGGAGUCGAAUUUGAGUCGUUGGUUGCGAUGGCCCUUCACGCGCUUUGGUUGUGCCGGACAUUAUAUGUGGAGGCAGCGCCUGUGCGGAAAACCGCGUGGCAGUUGUUUCGGGAGAGAGCAGAGUGGACACUGAGCGCAGUUAGCACAGUACCAGACGAUGUCAACCACGCCUGGCUCCAGAUAAAACAACAAAUUAAAAAAAGCGUCGUUGCCCGCAACGCACAACCGCCCUGGAAAGAAAGAUUAUAG